AUGACUGGUGCUGUACCUCUCCGAAAAAGAGCGAAGGCAUCGUUUUCUGCUCAGACAACACACGAUUUUGUGGAAGGUGUCAAUACGAAUGACAUUAGAGAUCACUUUCACACAGAGAGUCCAGAAUCCACGACUUUGUGGCCGCAAGGAGAAUACUGUAUUAUGCCUAAGAACUCGAGGUGUCCGGAUGAAUUUCGCAUGGAUUUUGUGUCACUCGCCGUUCCAGUCACUUUUGGACCAAUGGAGAAAUAUAGCAACGGCAAAAACGAGAUCCCUUAUAUUCGUCUCGGCCGAACUGGAGGUUUCGAUCUUGAUCUCAGAGAAUACGACCAGGCAUAUGUCUUGCGUCUUAUCACAUGUUGCAAAGUUUCAAAAUAG